CACCUACGCGGUGCCUCAGAUUUCCAGGUCAUUACAGUGCCUGAACUUGAUGAAUUCUUGAAAGAUGAUGAAGCAACACAAUUUGUUUACAAGAAAUCAUGGGAAGAAGGUGAAGGUGAUCCCUGGCUUGUGUUUCACACAUCAGGUACAACAGGUGGUAUUCGCUUAGGGUACCCGAAACCUAUCACAUACACUCAUGGCAUGAUGGCUUCUAUUGACUACUUUGCAUCUCUUACGGACGCUGAACCGAGUGUUAUUCAUCAAUUUGCGCUUCAGAGAUGGUAUACCCCACUGCCAUCACUACAUUUCGUCGGCACAUUUUUGAUGCUCUCCAUGACUUCAUUCAUCCACACCACGAUCGUCAUGGGGCCGUCAGCACCUCCUUCACCAGAUAUUGUCGCAAAUAUCUUAUGUUACGGACAUGUCCAAGGCGCCCUCCUUACCCCGGCGUUGACUGAUGAGCUUUGUCUUAAUGCACGUGGCGUAGAGGCCCUCCGAGAACUGAAAUAUUUCCACUAUGCUGGUGCGCCUUUGUCUGCCAAAACCGGAAAACAACUAAAGAACCAUGUCAAAAUUUCCUCCGCUAUCGGUAGUACAGAAGCAGGACCCUAUUUUACAGCUCUUCAUGACCACCCAGAGGCCUGGGACUAUGUUGUCUUCCAAAAGCAUGCAGGAGCCAAAUUCGAGCAUCGGAUGGAUAACUUAUACGAACUGGUCUUUGUACGGCAGCCAGAGACUGAGAUGCAGCAAAUCUUUAAAGUGUAUCCAGACCUCGACCGCUUCCCAACCAAUGAUCUAUGGACGGAGCAUCCAGUCCACAAGGGACUCUGGAAGAUUACCGGCCGCGCAGAUGACUAUGUCUACUUGUCGCAUGCCGAUGGGUUACAUGCCUCAAGUCUUGAGCCCGAGAUUGAAGCCCACCCUGGUAUCAAGUCGGCAUUGAUUGGUGGCCAUGGUCGCCCGGCCCCGGUACUGAUUGUUGAACCUUUGCCCGAAAUUGAUACAGAGUCUGACAGUGGACGGCAAGCACUGAUCAUAAAUUUGCAGCCAUACAUUGACAAGGUCAAUUCUCGUUGCCACGACUGUGUCCAGCUUUCGAAAGAGCGGCUCAUAUUUGUACGCAAAAAUAGGCCGUUUGUUCGAACUAUAAAAGGCAGUGUAGCGAGAUCGCAGACUUUGUCAUUGUACGAGGAUGAGAUAUCAGCGUUGUUUACCUAG